AUACUGUUGUUGGUUCAUAGUAGUCUCGAGUCUCGGCGUACCUGUUUCUGUUUGUGGGUACAAGCGUACGUCUCUCGCGUUCUAAACCGCUUGGUACAGAACUAUUACACAAGUUUAAUAGCAUUACAGCUGACGUAUUAUUACAUACAACAACAAUUCCGUUGGAACAUUUUUACAAGCGACAUACUUUUAGAAAGUGUACAAUAAUAAUUAUAACUUUUUUAUUUAGUUGCUUCAUUUUUUUUGUGGUGUGCAGUAAUCUGUGACAACACUUCUCGACUGUGGUUCAAGCCCAUUGCAAAAUUUGUUUUAAGUGUGUUGUUGUUUUUUUUUUGCGUGAAAAGAACUCAGCCGUUUCCAGUUGGUGUUGAAUCUCAAGUGAACUUCAGUUUUUAUUGUGGAUUAAAACAAGAAUGACUACAUGAAGUGUUUGUUUCUUUAAAAAGUGGAAAAGUGUUAGUGUUUGAACUGAAAAUAUGAGACUGCUGAGUAAUAUGUAAUACUUGCACGAUGUUUUUUAAAAUAUGGCCGAAAACGGUGAAAGAAUGACGCUCCAAAAGUGAACGCUACCCAUCAGCCCAAAAUGAAGAUCCGUGCCUUUUCGUGCCUUUCAACAAGCUCUCUACAUUAUUUUCUCUUGAUAUUACUAUACCUUAUUAAAACUGGCCAUGGAUGGCUGCCAAAUACAAGCACAAAGCUCGUCAACAAUGCCAACAAAAUUCGUAGUAUAGUAUUUAGGGGCAAUACGUCCUCGAUCGACCAUUUUACUGUCUUGUAUCAAGACGAUGAAUCUAUUUUAUUGGGAGGAAGGAACCAAAUUUAUAAUUUAUCGAUGUUCGAUUUUGCUGAAAAAGCUGUUACUUUAGACUCUUGGCCGUCUUCCGAAGCGCACAGUCAGCUUUGCAUCCUCAAAGGAAAAACAGAAGAUGAUUGCCAAAACUAUAUCAGAAUAUUGGUCCCGACAGGUCCUGGGAAAUUUCUUAUUUGUGGAACCAAUUCUUUUAAGCCCAUCUGCAGGAUUCUACAACAAAAGGAUGGCCAGGUUGUUAUCGAAAAAGAACUGGACGGAAAAGGAUUGUGUCCCUAUGAUCCUGAGCACAACAGUACCUCCAUAUAUAGCAACGGACAUUUAUUCUCAGCUACAGUAGCUGAUUUUUCAGGAACUGAUCCAUUAAUCUACAAAGAACCCCUCCGUACUGAACUUCUUGAUCUCAGGCAGCUCAAUGCUCCAAAUUUUGUAAGUUCGAUGACCUAUGGAGAUUACAUAUACUUCUUCUUCCGUGAGACUGCUGUGGAGUACAUGAACUGCGGAAAGGUGAUUUAUUCUAGAGUGGCAAGGAUUUGUAAACAUGAUAAGGGAGGGCCUCGCCAAUCACAUGACCGUUGGACCACAUUUUUGAAAGCAAGACUGAACUGCUCGGUACCUGGAGAAUAUCCAUUUUAUUUUGAUGAAAUACAAUCAACUAGUGACAUUGUGGAAGGAAACUAUGGUGGCGAUGAAAGAAAGAAAAUCAUCUACAGUGCGCUAACCACCCCAGAUAACGCAAUAGGCGGCUCCGCUAUAUGUAUGUUCAACAUGGAAGAUGUUCAAGGCGUUUUCCAAGGGCCUUUCAAAUCACAAGAAAGCAUUAAUGCAAACUGGUUGCCGGUUCCGGAUCAUAAAGUUCCAACACCAAGACCUGGUGAUUGCGUAAAGGAUAGUAGAGUUCUUGCAGAAAAGGAUGUGAACUUCAUCAAGACUCAUCCACUUAUGGAGAAAGCCGUUCCUCCUCUGUUUGGCCAACCCUUGCUGAUUAGGGUCAGUCUUCAUUACAGGUUUACAGCUGUUACUGUGGAUCCUCAAGUGCCAACUGUUACUAAUGAGAAUUACGACGUUAUUUACGUUGGAACAGAUGAUGGAAAAGUUCUGAAGGUAGUAAAUAUUCCAAACGGUAUUGCACCACCUCAGUCAGUUGUCAUAUCAGAAAACGAAGUUUUUCCUAAAACCACCCCAGUAAAACAAUUAAAAAUAACCCCUGAAUAUGGAAAGAUCAUUGCUGUUAGUAGCAGUGAGGUUAAACUCGUAACAUUGAUUCACUGUGAACAUUUCUCCCGAUGCAGUGACUGUUUGGAACUGCGAGAUCCACAUUGUGCGUGGAACUCAUUUACACGAACCUGUGUCCGGGUUGAGAUGUCCAAUUUAAACAAACAACUAACGCAAGAUAUUAGAAAUGGAGGUGCUGUCAAGUGCAGAACUUCAUCCCUAGAUAAUGCAGUUCCUACCAAAGAAUACGAUGUAAGCCCAAUCGACACGAAUUCUCUGGACGAAAGCAAAGAAUCUAACGACCCCUUGCUGAAAAUUGAAGACGAAUCAGCAGACUGUAAUGAAAUCAACAACAAAGUUACAGGAUGUGCUUCCCAAACUAAGCUGACCCUUUAUACUUCUGAGUAUUUGCAUAUCAUUGUAGCUGUUGCCUGUAUGGGAGGCUUAAUCGUUGGAUUUGUAUGUGGAUAUCUGGUCUCCCGGAGGUUUCAUGGCCGCUCACAGUACCCUAAUCCGCCGUUUAUUGAACAGCACAACCAUUUAGAGAGAUUAACUGUCAACCAGACCAGUUUUUUAGCUCCGAGGACGAAGACGGUUAACUUAGACGUACUGAAUGUAUCUACAGAUUCCCUCCCGCCAAAAAAGGAUAAUUUAGGUUCUUUAAAAAACUUAAAUAUAACGAAUGAAGGAACUUUGCAGAAAAUAAAGAAAACGUAUAUAUAAUAAUCAAACAUCCUGCUUUCAUUUAAAAGCAUUUUCAGACCAAAAAGUCUAACACGGGAAUAUUAUUUUUGCUCUUCCAUACAGCAUGCUGGUUCAUUGCUUUGCAUGGUAAUUGUUUGCAUUUGAACAGAAAGUAGGAUCAGAUUUUCAUAGCUUUGAUUGUUUUUUGUACCUGCUGUUAUUAAUAGACUGCAUUAUUGAUUCAAUCUCUAAAGUUCACUUCCAGGAAUUACGUCUCAAAAUGUAAGUAAUCUUUUUUUUUUUAAUUUAAAACGUGAAAAAUUUGCUGACCCAUAAUGUUUUCCUAUACGUUGCGAUCGUAUUUUUUGAGUUACUAAUAUGCGUUAUAUCGUCGUUUCACUAUAGUAUCUAUAGUGUAACUAUAUCUAUGGUAUCAUGAACCUUUCCAGAUCAGGAAUAAAAAGGAUACGACUUAUUUCAAACGAAAUUCCUGCUCUAAUAGACAGGAGAAUACGUCAUGUAGAUAAUUUGUAGCCUAAUGAAUAAUUGCUCGCUCCCUAACACAGUGUUACUGUUUAUUCUCCAGAUUCAUUUGUUUUCACUUCUGAAUACAUUGUGGCAUAUGGUGCCACACCUAUGUAACUCAAGAACACGAUCUAAACCUGGAAUAUUAUCUGGUGAUAGUAAUCUCGGUUUUAAAUCGAAAUUUCUGACUUAAAAAAGUUAGUAACUUAGUGUUCUGACUUAAAAGAAAAACAAUUAAUAGCGACGGAUACUCCCUAGUAGUGUGUCUUCACGAAUUUUUCCAGACCAGGAGUAGAAAGAAUAUGACUUUUACCAAACUGUUCUAUUAGACAGGAAGAUACGUCAUGUAGAUAAUUUGUAACCUAACGAAUAAUUUCUCGCCCCUAACACAGUGUAAAUUGUGUAUCCCUCAGAUUGGUUUGUUCUCAUUUUUGAAUACAUUGUGGCAUAUGGUACCAUGCUUAAUAUGUAACUCAAAAACACGAUCUAAACCUGGAAUAUUAUCUGUAGAUAGUAAUCCAGGUUUUAUAUCGAACUAUUGUAUUUUAACUUUUAAAAACCAGUCAAUAUUAGAUACGGAUCCUCCGUAAACACCCGUGUAGCAUAUAAGUUAUUCAAAUGAAGAGGUACGAAACGAGACUGUAGGUAUAAAUGAAGUCCUAUUCAAAUUAUUUACCAUUGGCCUGAGCACAACGAUGCCAUUGAUUAACGAGCCGAAGGAUUCCUUGUUCCCAAAAUUCCUGUGACCGUAACGAGACCCAGUCCCUCGCAGCGUCCUUCAGUUCGUCGUUCGAGUUGAAGCGCUUCCCUUUGAAAUGUUCUUUCAGGGGACCAAACACAUGGUAAUUGCAGUGACACGCCGAUCACUUCUCUCUAGGUUUAAACAAAACAACCCUAGCAAGGUUGUUUUGUUUUAAACAUAUUGUUUUAAUCAACUGUUUUAAACAUGUUUAAAACACUUAAAUUAAACAAGCGUUUUUUUAAUUUUCUUUGUGAAUAUAACACAUAAAUAUGAAAAAAAUCUCAAAACUUAUUAUUAUACAGACUUUUUAACAAAUAUAUUAUUUAUUUUAAUAAUCGGAACACAACAAAAAUUUUAAAACUAAAACAUUUUUCAUACAAGAGUUAAUAAUUUCUCAAACUGUUUCAGUCUCAUAGUAAUCUUAUAAUCUAAGUCAUCAAUCUGAUCAGCCAUGUGAUGACUUAUAGAAUUAAGCUCUUUAAAAAUUUAAACCAACUUAGCAGCUUUGACAUUGCCUAGCCGAUUACAUAAUUUGGAAUUGACUAAAACGUAUGAGAAGAGUUUUUUUUAUAUUGGAUGACCAUAGAACGCCACCAUGCCAAUGGUCUUACAUUCUCAAUUAGAUGUUUAGAAAACAUAUAUAUGGUUCAAAGGGUACACACUUUGCCUGGUAAUUAAUAAUAAUUGGCAAUGCUUCCGGAUAAUAAGUUUCUACAUAUUCCGUGCCAGUUUUUAUUGGCGAUUGACUAAAUUUAUUUCCACUAAAGCGAUGAGCAAGCAAAUUUGUCAAAAAAUGAGCCGGGAUCAAAGCCAUUUCCAUAAGCUCCUUGACUUUAUUCGUAUCAUUCACCAAAAAUUCUCCAUUUGCAUGUUCAGUCUCGAAUACUUCCAGAAGUUCUAGCCAUAUCUCUGUAGCCUCUCCUUUAGUGCAAGUAUUUGUUUGGACUUUGUCCCUGCAAUAUACUUUAAUUUUUAUAAAUAUAGUCGGUUCGCUAAACUCAACUGGCUAGUGAUUUUAGUAAGUAAUUUUGCCAAUUUGGUAAAAUUGGCAAAAAAAUAAUUACUAAAUUUUUAAUAAUUACUAAAUAGUUAGUAAUUUUGUCAAAAUUGGCCAAAAACAAAAAAAUAAUACCUACUUAAAUCACUAGCCAAUUGUGUCUGAGAGCGAACCGACUAUACCUAGUCUUAGGCAUUUGUCUUUAAAUUUGUAUCAUUUACAAACUUUAUUACAUCUUUAUCAAUACUUAUUCUAUUGUUUGAGCAAACGUGAAAUAAUAUUGGCCAGUUUUUCAACUAACUUUCUAAGCAUUCCGAUAAAGUAUUCCAACGAACAUCCUGAUCCAAUACAAAAGCAAAAUCACCAGAUUCUCGGAAUUUUGCGAUAACAAAAUGUACAUUUCUGAGAUAUCUGCAAUUUUUUUAUACUACUCUUUAUUUCUGGCACUUCUAUAACAUGGGCAAGUAAGUUAAAUAUAUGUACUGAACAGCCAUAAGUUAUUAUAUGUAUCUGUGCUGCCUAAUUCCUUAAACAGAUCCUGCUCAUUUUAAGAAAAUAUGAUUUAAACAAUGUUUUUUUCUACGUUUUAUGUUUAAAACAUGUAACAUAAAAACAAAAAAAAAACAUGUUUGAAACAAAAAAUAAUAAACCGUUUAAAACAAAAAAAAA